GUGACUUUUGCGCGGAUAGCAGCGAAAAACAACUUUGACGUGUACUUGUGUGCGUGUGUCAAUAAAUAGGGCUGUCAGCUCAAUUCCCCGAGUCUUAUAUUGUGGUUUAUGUGUGUUUGUUGUUGUGUUGCCGCGCUAAACGGAGGACGUCUCGGAAGACGCAGGGUGCUGAAAUGUCGAGACAGACGUCUCCGUCCCCUCAAAGCAGGAGGAUCCCUUGGAAUGAAUUUGGACCUUACAGACCUAAACCAGGACAGGACAUGACUACCCAGGAAUGGAGGCCCAAUUCCAGAGACGAACAACGAAGGUUUGGUGAGGAUAUGUUCUCAGAAGGUCAAAGAAGACCCUCUUCACAGGAUAAAAAUUGGCGUCAGUGCGAUCAGGAGGGAGGUUCUCGGCGGCGGCUGUCGCCUCAACGCGACGUGCCCAACCACCACGUCCCGAGAGGCUCUCCCCAACGGGACGGCGGAUUUGACGCGGACAGACAAAGAAAAGGAUUCAGGGAAGAGUUCCAGCGUUUCAACAAUAGAGGAAGGCCACAAAAUUCCCCUCUGAGGUUCCCAAGGGAAGAGUUGCCGAUGCCAGUCAGCAAUCUUGCGCAGGGCUGGGGGCGGGACGGGGAAGGGUGGGGCCAAGGGAGGUCCCGGGACUGCAGCCCCAGCGUUAGGUAUGAUGAGCAAAUGGGAAGCAGAAGAGAAAGAAAUGACGAAGGUCUGAACAGAAGCAGACAAAGAGAAGAUAUUCUUCCCCUUAUAAAGAGCUCGAGAAGAGAAACGGAUGGCUACCAUCACAGCGGGUUCAGGCGGGACAGCAAGGACUUUGGUGAUCAGCGCUACUCGUCCUCCACGGUUGACGGAAAUGUCCGAAACGCUCUCGGCUCGGGACCUCACGGGAUACCGGAAGACCGGAUAGGCCAACCGCGAAAACACAAUAAUGGAGAACGCGGCGAUUUCGACUCGAAACAGAGACGCGGCGGACCUGAGCAAUCCUGGAUGUCGGAUGACAGACGAGAUUCCCAUGAAGAUUCUAGAAAGCGACGCUAUCCAGAUAAUUGGAGCAACAGCUCCGACCGCAGGAGGAGCUCCCCGCCGCGAGAACGAAUCAAUUUUGCAAGAUCUGACAGACAAGGUGGCCAGAGGGGAAGGGGCAGUCCUCAAGCGGCCAGAGGCGGAGUCAAUCGCAACGGGAACUUUCCAAAGAACCGGUCAAACUUUCAGCAAUCCGCUCGAGAAUACCAAAAUAGUCCUCGUGAGGAGCCCAAAACCGGAUACAGAGCCCAAAGGGAACCCUUGUACGAGGAGGAAGAACCCCACUGGCAAGAAAACGACCCACAGGUGGAGCAGGUUCGACCCGCUAGUCAGGACAGACGCGAACCGGAAGCGAAACGGCCCAGGCUGCGUCCUUGGGAGGACCUGGAGCCCAAAAACAUGACCGUGGUAACAGAGGAAACACUCACCAUCAAAGUGGAUAUGAGUCGGCCCAUCCAAAACACAAGCUUGCUAUGUUACUCGGCAGACCGCCAGCUAUCGUUGGACCUUGUCAACGUCGGCCGCCAGCGUCCGGAUCUCCUGCCGGAAAUUAACCAGGAGAGUGUCGCAGAGUUCACCCAGGAAAUCAUCACGUUGGUGCACGGGGUCAAAGAGCUGUAUUUUAAAGGUGACGGAAUGACGUUGAACGAACGCUUCUCCGAGCUGACGCAAGGAGAGUAUCGUGAAGAAGAAGGGGCGGGGCUUACGCUGGACCAGAGGUUCUCAUCUAACCGCAUGCAAGUGACGAAGCCGGCCAACAUCCCGUCGCUUUUGGAGCUGGCGCACAACCCCGGCGACCUGCGACACGACCUGGAGAGGCGGCGGCAGAAGCGGCUGGAAGGGGUAACCAUCACUAUACUUGGAAGCAGGCAGACGGACACGGAACAGGCCCACUAUGGUGGCGAUGAUGGGAUGUUCCAGGACAAGCGGGACUAUAGACGGGACGGAAAUACGGGUCCCAGGAGAGGCGGUCCUUACAGGACAAACACCGGUUUUGCCCAAAGGUUCAAGAACCACCAGCCCGGCAGGACGCACAACCGCUACAACAACAACAACGACGCAGGUCCGAGUUGGUGACUCCGCCCACCAGAGACGACCCCUUCCGAUCAUUUUCCCCACUGUCAUUUUUAAGUGAGUCCUAUUUGUUUCAAGGCAAACCGUCGGACCAUCUGUUCAACUCGCUGGCUGCCAUUGAUAGAAAAAGUCGAAUAAACUCCCACCUCAGAAACGUUUAAGUGAAAUGUCCUUGUUUCAAAAUUUUGGCCAAUGUUAAUUCAUGAAAAAAUUUAAAGCUGAUUGAACUAUAAGUUGUGGAUAUUUGUACUAAGUUUGUGUUAUAAAUGCUAAUAUGCUAACGUUUCAGUGUGUUUAAAGUGCAAUCUGCUCAUUUUUAAAGGAAGUCUGGUUUUGCUUUUACCAGCAAUGGCAGCCAAUGAGUUAAUAGUCCUUUUUACGCGUAAUGCGACGGCUUGUUUAUUCCAUUCCUAUGACACAUGGAACGAUAACCAAACUGUGAGAAGAACUUUAUUAAAUCCAUUGUGACCUUUGUUGAAACAUAAUAAAAAAAUAAUCAUAAUAAAAACAUGAACAUGUCCUCAGCUUUUGUGUGCCGUUUUUCCCGACUUUAAACAGUGUCAAAACUGAAGAUGUGGUU